UUCAAAACGCUGCGUUUCACCGCCAGAGUGGUUCCUCGGCAAUUUUCUCACGAACCAAACAGAGCUUCCAUGGAAGAUAAAGUUAUGAAAGCAACGCAGGAGCUAGCAUUGGAAGGCCAGAAGCAUCUUGAAGAAACCAUAGAAUCAGCGUUCCAGAUCCUGUCCUCCAUGAACGACGAGCUCUGCAACCCUACUCUUUGGUCAACUCCUCCGCCUCCGGCCACGGCCGCCAGUUCCCACUCCUCCGCAUCCCUAAAUGGGGACGCUUCGUCUGAUUUCUCGCACCACAUGGAGAUUGCCGGUGGUGGAGCUCUCGACGACGCUCGCCUUCGCUACAAAUCCUCCGUGGCUUCGCUGCGUGCUGUUCUCAACGCAAUCCAAAGUUCUCAAAAGGCAAAAGCAUUUGAAGCAAGUUCGGCAGCAAGUGGUUCAGCGUCUCAAGCGGAUCAAGCUGAAAUUGAGAAGUUAGAGGAGCGUGCCUCUAAUUUAAGAAAGGAGCUUGCAGACAAGAACAAGUAUCUCAAGCUUCUCAUAGAUCAGCUUCGAGAUCUCAUUACAGACAUAUCGACAUGGCAAAGUCCGUGUUCCGUGUGAAGUUCAGAACACAUGUGCUUGUCUCACUGAGUAGCUCCUGAGAUUAGACUCUUGAGUCCAAGAAUACACCUGAGGUUAUUGUUCUUUUGUCAUUAGUGUUGGCAUUGAAAAAGGAAAAGCAAAAAAAUCAUUCAUUGGAGAUGUUUCUUCAAUCUGAUUCCAGAAUGUGAUUUUUCCCAAACAGAAAAUUUGGUGUUUAUGGUGAAAUGCUAUAUAAAAAUAGAGCUUUGUGGCUCUUUAAAUUUCCUAGUUUGUUAAAUGCUGUAGACAAGGUAGUUGACAAAUUGCAGAAUGAAAAGUUUAAUUCAUUGUCUUAUGGUC